CCCCAUGGCGAAUCACCUCCGGUUCUGGGGCCGCACCGUCAUGGUGCGCAACGGCAACGUGGAGGCGGCCUACAGCGCGCUCAACAGGAUCCUGACGCAGGACGGGCUGGUGGAGAGCGUGCGGCGCGGGCGCUACUACGAGAAGCCGUGCCGGCGGCGGCAGCGGGCGGCCUACGAGGCGAGCCGGCGGGUGUACUGCGCGGAGAUGGGCCGCAAGCUCGGCUUCCUGGCGAGGAGCAACCGGCAGGACCCGUGGCUCGGCUGCUAAUGGCGGCCGCAAUAAAGGCUCCCGCUGCCC